AUGUCGUUAGGCAUUAAAAUCUACCAACUAUAUCCUCCCUUAUCCGCCAGCCUAACACCCCAGUCCGACAGCCCAGCAGCCCGGGAGAGAAAACUCAUCAAUCCUCCGUCAGAACUUAACCCAACUUUUAUUAAACCGAAUGGAUUGGGUCGGGAGCCCAAUGGGCGGACAGAGAAACCACAUGCAAAUGAUGCAAGGGUGUCCAGCAAAUGCAUUAAAUGCAUGCAGUGCCAGCUCAUCAGAGUCGAAGCAAGCAACCUAGUGCACCGCCGUGCUCGUCUGUGA